AUGCAAUACCACGAGUGUAGUGCACAAGUAGAAGUAUUACGGUCGAGACCCGAAGACAACCGGACAGCCAAUAAGGACGAGGACAAUCAUCACCUGACCGGUACGGCCACCAAGGCACAGGCAACAGUCUCAGAAGCAACCGCAAUUCCAAAAGCUAAGUUGCAACGCCCCAAUAAAGCAUAUAACCCGCAGCCUACAGCAACUAUUACGAAUGCAACAAAUUUAACUUUGAAGAAUAUAAAUCAACAACUGCUAGCCGUGAAAAAUGCUAUCAAAGGUCAUGCAUUAAAUGUGGAUAAUGAAGAUAAUUUGAUUUCACCAUUUUUAUCAUUAGCUAAAAUAGAAGACAUUAAAGAGAUGGAUUCAAUUUUGAAAACUUCAAACAAAGCAGUCACGCAAUUUGGUGAUGCAGAUACAUACAGGACGCACAAAUGGUUGCAUACGGCAGGAGCCAGGGGCAGGCAGGUAAAAAAUUCAACUGUAUUAUUAUAUAUUUUUAUCGUACAGGUUGACAUAGACAAUGUUGCACACGACAUUUUUUUAAGAAGAAUCUUGUGGACGGAUGAGUGUACGUUCCGAAGUGAUGGUCGUAUUAACCGUCACAAUGAGCAUCACUACGCAGAACAAAAUCCGCAUUGUCGCAAGGAAACGAAUAUUCAGGGACAUUUUAAUGUAAACGUUUGGAUGGGAAUCGUGGACAACGUAGUCAUCGGGCCACAUUUUUUCCCGGAAAAUAUUAAUAUUACAGCGGAAGUUUAUGUGGACUUUUUGGAAAAUACUUUGCCAAAUUUAUUGGCUAAUGAGCAAUUAAAUAUCCCCCAAGAUGAAAUUAUUUUCCAACAAGACGGUCAUCCAGCCCACACGGCACUUCUGACACGGGAAAUUUUAAAUCAUAGAUAUCCUCAAAGAUGGAUAGGAAUCUACAGUGAUCUUCACGAGUGGCCACCACGAUCACCUGAUCUCACACCCAUGGAUUUUUUUGCAUGGGGAUACAUACGAGAUCAGGUGUAUCAGACAUUACCACGCACUCGUGAAGAUCUAAUAAAUAAGAUACAAGCAGCUAGUCGCAAAAUAACACCAGCAAUGCUGAAUAAUGUGCGACAAAGUUUCAUGCGCAGAGUAGCAUUAUGUUUAGAAGACGCAGGAGGCUAUUUUGAACAUUUAUUGUGA